AUGGAUUUGUUUAAAGUAGGUGAUUUCUACACACAAAGAAUAUUCAAUUCUCAAGGGAGGGCCAGCGGUGGAUUUGGUGAAAUAUCUGGUCCUAAGAAUGGUACCGCCAUCCUGAAUGAGUCUAGGAUCAAAAUUUUGUUACUAGAUAGAGAUACUACACCAAUCAUAUCUAUGUGUGCCACCCAGAGUGACUUGUUGAAACAUGAAAUAUACCUUGUUGAAACGGUUGAAAAUAAUGAACGUGACAUUAUGCGUCAUUUGAAAUGUUUAGUAUACGUGAAGCCAACUGAUAAGACAAUAGAUUAUUUGGUUAAAGAAUUGGAGAGUCCUCGCUAUGGUGAAUAUCAUAUCUUUUUUAAUAACAUGGUCUCUAAAUCCCAAUUGGAACGCUUGGCAGAGGCUGAUAAUUUGAGUGUUGUGGUUAAGGUAGAAGAGAUCUUUCAAGAUUAUCAAGUUCUAAAUGAGUAUUUGUUUUCAUUUGAUAUGGCUAACAGAUCACUAUUUACCCAACAAGGAAUUUGGAGUGAAGGUAGUUUGGAAUCAACUACCUCCUCUUUGACAUCGUUACUGUUAUCAUUAAAGGUAAAGCCAGAUAUAAGAUACGAUUCUAUGAGUAAAUUAUGCCAGAGAUUAGCCCAAAGUGUGGAUAAAACAAUAUCUACCAAUGAAAAGUCGUUAUUUGAUUUCCCAAAGAUGGAUUCCACACCAUGUUUAAUUAUUCUAGACCGAAAUGCUGACCCCUACACACCUUUGUUACAACCUUGGACAUACCAAUCCAUGAUUAAUGAAUAUAUUGGUAUCAAGAGAAAUAUAGUAGAUCUUAAAGAUAUUCCACAUAUUGAUAAAUCGUUAGCCAAAGUGACGUUAUCAUCAAAAGAGGAUCAAUUUUUUAAAGAGACCAGAUAUUUAAAUUUUGGUGAACUUGGUGAUAAAGUUUCCUCGUAUGUGAAUAAAUACAAGGAUAGUAGUCAGAUUAAUGCGCAAUUGGAUUCGAUUGCAGACAUUAAGAAAUUUAUUGAAAAAUACCCCGAAUUUAAGAAACUCUCAGGAAAUGUAUCUAAACAUAUGGCAAUUGUUGGGGAACUCGAUAGACAAUUAGCUGAUCAAAACAUUUGGGAAGUUAGCGAAGUUGAACAAAAUCUUGUUGUCCACAAGGAGUAUCAGGGUGAUUAUGAGGCGCUUUUGAAGCUUCUGAAGGACCCUAAGAUUAAUAAGGAUUAUAAAUUGAAACUUGGGUGUAUUUAUUUCCUGAGACAUGACGAAUUGGACAGUGAUGGUAAAAUAGAAAGGAUCAACGAAAUCCUAGAAGUAUUGAAACAAUCGCUGCCAGCUGAAGACAUUAAUUACAUACACAAGUUUCGCAAACAAUUUCAAGAUUAUAACAAGAAAGGUAGUUCGAACGGGGAUAUAUACUCAAUUAGCGGGAGUGGUGGUGCAAAGGAUGAUCUUUUGAGUGAAUUGACAAAAAGAUUCAAUAGUAAAAUGGACCUACAUCGUCGUAUCCAUGAUAAUUCUACUGAUAAUGUUUAUAUGCAAUAUAUUCCGAAUGUGUCACGUAUACUGAGUGAUUUAUCGAGUAAUAAAUUAAGUGAAUCGAAGUAUAUGACGUUAAACGCCACUUCUCAAGGUAAAGAAAAUUUAGUAAAGACAGGCCCUCCGCCACAGGAUGUUAUAUUGUUCAUUGUGGGUGGGGUCACCUUCGAAGAAUCCCGAUUAGUGUAUGAAUUCAAUGAGACCAUGAAAGAUAAACAAGCAGGUCGCAUGCGCGUUGUUCUUGGUGGGACCUCAGUUGUCAAUACUGAGAACUAUAUAAAUUUUCUAAGGUAA